CUUACAGGAUCCGAUUAUUGUCCGACAAACGCAUAAACCCUAGUCUUCCGACUUCCAAAAAUCCAACAUCCGUUUUCCUUCGCUCUUUUUCUCCAUUUUCCUCCACUUUCUCGCCGAUUUUCUCGGCUACUGAACCUUCCGAGACGCGAGAUCAGUAACCGAAAUCUUGAGCUCCGACCAUGGCCGCCGAAUCUGCGGCAAGCGCUGGCGAUUCCUUCAUCGGAAGCUUCAUCAGCCUCAUUUCCAAGUACGAAAUACGCUACGAGGGUAUUCUCUAUCAUAUUAAUGUACAUGACUCCACCAUCGGCCUCAAAAACGUCAGAUCAUAUGGAACGGAGGGGAGAAAGAAGGAUGGCCAGCAAGUUCCUCCAAGUGAUAAGGUUUAUGAAUACAUUCUGUUUAGAGGAAGUGAUAUUAAGGAUUUGCAAGUUAAGUCCUCCCCUCCUGCCCGAAAAGAACAGAUUCAUGAUGAUCCUGCUAUCAUUCAGUCACAGUAUGCUGGGGUCCCUGCUAGUUCUUCACCACUGACACCAGCUAUUAAGAACAGUUUGACAGAAUCAACUGAGUGGCAAGAUACCCCUGCUUUGACAAGUAGAGGGUAUUCUGGUACUUUGCCUUCAAAUCAAUCUGCUACCCAACAAUCAGAAAAUUCUACCAUGUCUCAAACAACAAUGUACUGGCAUGGAUACAACGGUGCAUCUAUUGGCACUUCUUAUCCUCCACAACACCAUGUUAAUGUUCAACCCCCAUCAGUGAUGUCGAGUCCCUCGACAGUGCAGCCACUUAUACAGGCUCCUGAAAUUCAGGCAUCUAUGGCUUUGGGAUCGAUCAAUGCAUCAGAAUUUAGGACCCCUGUAUCUUCAUCUUCCAUGCCUACCUCUGUAAAUCCAAAGUUUUCACCCUCUCUUUCUCCUGUACAGUACUCUGCUUCUCUUGGUGUACCAUCCUUGUCCACUCAGGCAUCUCUACCAUCUCAUUCCACUUCGCCAACUGCUAGUACUCUGACUACAUCUUCAAUUCCUUUAUCUCGCCUAGAUUUGAACAUAAAUGAAACCCAAAUUGUUCAUAAAGCUGUUUCUGACUCGAUACCAGUGCUACCCGUCCAGUCUAUGCCACAUCCUACAUCACCCUUUAUGGGUUCAAAUUUAAGUCCCUUGCUAACACCACCCCCACUUUUGUUUACACCUGAUCAAUCAGCACAUUCUGGAUCUUACAUGCUGUCGUCCAUGCAGAAACUGUAUCCUAAUCAGAAAGACAUGGGAGCUCUGGUACCAAUGCCAUCUAAUUCUUCUUCCUCAAUUCCCACUCCUGUUAUACAAGCACCAUUAUUACCAUUGCCGACUUCGACACAAAAGGCCGUGGAGUUCACUGAAGAGUUUGACUUUACGGCUAUGAAUGAGAAAUUUAAGAAGGAUGAUCUGUGGGGCUACCUUGGGAAGGGAAAACGAACGGAUAAAGCAGAGGGAACACAGGACAAUAUAGCUGGACAUCGCACGGAAGAGAAAGAGGGUCAUGGCACGUUAGCCAACCAAAAGCCUGCAUAUAACAAGGAUGAUUUCUUCGACUCAAUUUCAUGCAAUUCACAAACUCGUGGGGCAAGAAAUGGGCAGCAUCGGUUUUCAGAGCGAAUCAAGCUGGACACUGAGACGUUUGGAUUCCAGCAGAGAGCUAAUCCAGGUUAUGGUGGCUAUGCUGCUGGUGGGCGCGGGGAGAAUUUCAGGGGCUUUUAUAACUGGGGAAGGGGAUAUGGCUACGGCGGUGGGAGGGGACGUGGAGGAAGCCUGCCGUUCUAGUGCCGGUCUGCAUUUUAAUGCUCUAUGAAGCUCCUUGGUCUUUUAUCAAAGUCAUAGAUAUGCUUGAUAUGUUGUUACUCUACUCCGAACCAGUUAGCUUUAUGAGGUCUGAAUUUGAAGGGUAAUGUUGUGAACAGUGGGAUUAUUGUCUCAGAUGGUGGGAAAGGGACUCUCAAGUAGCAAUAUUUUGUUAGUUCAUGUAUUUUUAGUGCCCAUGAACUGGCAUUCUGCACCUUACGUUUCAAUUGUCCCCGAGAUGACUACUUGCCGAAGAAGGAAAUCAUAGUCUA